GCUGCGCCGCGCCGCGCGGGCCGAGGGCUCCUGCAGCUGCUCGCGCGGAGCCGGAGGCGGAGAAGAACGACGAGGACCGAGACUGACGCUUCUGCUUCCCGGCGCCUGCCACUUACGCGGGGCCCCCUAACCCAGCCUCAGAGCAGCGCGUUAAAAAAAAGAAAAGAAAAGAAAAGCAGCCCUUAGCCCCCUCCUCCCCUUUCCUGCUUCUGCGAGAACAUCCCCCCCUCUCCCUCCACCUCCGCCAGCCAAGGCGCCCCUUCCUUGGAAGCCGAGCGGCUUCGCACGAAUUUCGCCGCCGCCGCCUCUCGCAAUAUUGCAAUAUAGGGGAAAAGCAGACCAUGGUGAAUCCGGGCAGCAGCUCACAGCCGCCCCCGGUUACGGCCGGCUCCCUCUCCUGGAAGCGGUGCGCAGGCUGCGGAGGCAAGAUUGCGGACCGCUUUCUGCUCUAUGCCAUGGACAGCUACUGGCACAGCCGGUGCCUCAAGUGUUCCUGCUGCCAGGCGCAGCUGGGCGACAUCGGCACGUCCUGUUACACCAAGAGCGGCAUGAUCCUUUGCAGAAAUGACUACAUUAGGUUAUUUGGGAAUAGCGGUGCUUGCAGCGCUUGUGGACAGUCUAUUCCUGCGAGCGAACUCGUCAUGAGGGCCCAAGGCAAUGUGUAUCAUCUGAAGUGUUUUACAUGCUCUACCUGCCGGAAUCGCCUGGUCCCAGGAGAUCGGUUUCACUACAUCAAUGGCAGUUUAUUUUGUGAACAUGAUAGACCUACAGCUCUCAUCAAUGGCCAUUUGAAUUCACUUCAGAGCAAUCCACUACUGCCAGACCAGAAGGUCUGCUAAAAGGUCAGAGUAAUGCAGAAUGCGUGCCUUCAUCUCAGAUCUUGUUCAUCACAGGUGGAUCCCAUGUGUCUUCAGUAGACAAGUCACCUUUGUAGCUAGCACCAGUGCCAGCUCCAUGCCAUUGCACCUUCUUUAGUCUUGAUUGCCCUUCUUGCAUUUAUUGGUGUAUUAAAAUGACUGAAUAUGAACAUUAAGGACUCCAUGAACCUGGGCUAAUGGGAGACUGUAGAGAAAAUGAAAAAAGAUCCACCGGACGACAUCUUUGGGGGGAGGGAGCUUGGGAGGAGGGAAAUGACUAAUGAAGCUAAUUAAAAGAAGCAUUCAAAUCUGCUUUCUACCCUCAUUAACAAUUAGCAGGGCACUGGCCAGAGUUUGUACCCUGUGUUUUUACCUUAACAACAUUCUAUUUGCUCUUUGUAUAUUUAAGUGUUGUAAGGAAAUGUGUUUCAAUCAAAACUGAACAUGAGAUAAAGGAAAGAGAUGUGGCUUUUGUGAUAUUCUAUCACAAACACUUUUAUUGUAUCUCUGUAAAAUACAAUGUAUGUAUGCAUGUAAGUGUUUUCGUCCUAAUGUUGCUACUCCCAUGGCAAAGAAAAAAAAAAGAAUGAAAAAAAGAAAAAAAAUUGGAAAAAAAGUCAGGCUCAUAGAAGCUACUGUGUAGAAAUCCCCCCCUACUUCUAAUUUGCUGAAUGAAGAAAAAAAUCUUUUAUUUGUGAUAUUUUCAGAGACAUUUGCUCUAGUAUGGUGUAUUUAAAUAAUAAAAACUUAAAAGAAAAAUA